GCAGAGUAAAAUAAAAUGAGAAAUGUCAAAAAAGUCAAUUGUCAUGUCAAUUUGGAUAAAAUUUGUUGGAACAAAAGAGAAAUAAUAUUUUGGACUGAUUGUUACGUAAAAGUCGCAAUGUUCAAAGCUAUCUGCCAGACAGCAGGUUUAUCGAAGAACCAUUUAUCAAGGUUUAAAGGUGCGUUUUCAACGUACAAUGUUCGCUAUGCUGAUGCAGAUCCAACAUGCCGAAAGGAAGCACCUAAAAUUGAAAACGAAUCCGUUUUGGCCUUGCCAGAAGAAGCUCGGCAUCAAAAAGCACUGGAUUCCACUAUUGUAGUGCCAACGAAGGCAGAUCUCAGCCCCAUUUUAGGAGUCCCAGAAGAACAUAUUAAGACUCGCCGUGUACGUAUUUAUCAACCUGCGAAGAAUGCAAUGCAGAGUGGUACAAAUAAUAUCCAUCAUUGGGAAAUGGAAUUUGACACUCGUCAACGUUGGGAAAAUCCUCUGAUGGGCUGGACAUCCUCAGGAGAUCCUCUGUCCAAUGUCAAAAUUCAGUUUAGAUCUCCUGAUGAAGCAAUUGAGCAUUGUGAGAAAAAUGGAUGGAUGUGGUACAUUGAUGUUCCUAAAACCGAGAAGGAUUUCAAACCUAAAAGCUAUGGGUUAAAUUUCGCUUGGAAUCGUCGUACUCGAGUCUCCACGAAGUAAAACGGUAGUUCAAAAAUGUUAAUUUUAUUAUAUUAAAUAAUGUUAUGAAAAAGUAGACUUUGAUUUCAGUGAUACUACUUAUGUUAAUUAAAAUAAUUUGUAUAGUAAUGAAAUACAGCAAUUUGUAAAAGUGC